AGCUAUUAUCCCGAGGACAACCGCAGCGUUCACAGUGACCCAGACUCUGAUUAUCCUCGGGGAAACGGCGGCCUGGGCUACCCCCGCGACAGAGAGCAUGACCGCAGUCUCGAAAAGAGCCGGAUAGACUACCUGGAGCCGGAUUACCGCAGCCAAGACAAUGACUCCCGGCGGGAAAGGAGCAGAGGCAGGAGCGCGGAGAGGUCGCCCAGCUCUGACAGUGGCUACCGCAGGGACGGCAGCCGGGGCCGGACGCUGGAGCACGGAUCCAGCCCGGAGCCUCGCUAUCACAGGCAGCACAGUAGAGGCCGCGGCGGAGGAGGAAGCCCUGCCGGAAGCUACGGGAGGGACCAGGGCUAUGACACGCGGAGGUAUGACACUCGUUCGGAUGACAGGAUGAUCAGGAGUCACAGCAGGGACCGGCUGCAGGAUCGCUCACCGUCACCCAGCAAAGAGAAAGACAGAGGAAGAGACCGGUACAACUAUGAGCCCCUGGAGCCGCCCAUCAAUGUCAUGCUGGUGAAAAACAAGCCCAAUGAAG